GCAGCACGACAGGAUCGGCAAGCCCCACAACGAGCAACGAGCAGCGAGCCAGAGGCCAUGGCGGUGAGACGCCUGGAGCUGGAGCUGGAAAAGGUGCGCCUACAGCUAGAGUGCGAGCGCAUUGCUCUACGGAGAGUGGAGCUCGAGCAGUCGAGCAGGCCGCCUUCGGUGUCGGAAGGAAGCGAUCGGCGCGGUGCCAUCACGGAUGGAAUAGCACAAUGUGCUAAAGUGCUUAAGGCAUACCGGUUGCCGUGUGACGCUGACGUUCCGAUAUGGUUUGAUGAGGUCGAAAAGUUGUUUGCAUCUUUUCAAGUACCGGCACAUAGCCGGGUACAUUUGAUCAUGCCUGCGCUGGCCGAGCGGGUCCGUUAUCUGUUGCGUGGCCUCAAUGACGAGGAAUGUACAGAUUAUGAUACUGUAAAGAAGGCGGUAUUAGAUAAACUUAAGCUCACGCCAGCUAAAUACUCGGAGAGGUUUGAAAGGGCAUCAAAACGAAAGGAGGAAACUUGGGUUCAGUUCGCGUCCCGCGCUAGAACCUAUUUGGCCUAUUACCUUCAGUCUCGCACUGCAAACACCAAAGAAGCUAUGACGGAGCUUAUGGUCGCUGACCGUAUGAAAGCUAGUCUAAGCUCAGAAGCCCUAGAAUAUGUUCUUUUGCGGGAAGGCGAAGAUUGGUUUAAGCCAGUGGAGGUGGCAAAAGUACUCGAGACUUUCGAGCAAGCUAAAGGGAAAGGACGAGCAACUAAGCCAGCCGCAACAGCCUCAUUGCCGCAGCGCGCAAAACUAGCUGGCCCGCAGAGGACAAAUUUAAGAUGCCACGUGUGUCAUAUACAGGGUCACCUAGCCAGAGACUGCCCAAAAGCUUCAGAUAAAGAACCGCAGGGGAAGCCACCGACUGUGCAAAAACAAAGGGUACAGAAGGUUGCUGUUGUAAGUGAAGAACCUCCACCAGAGCAAGAAAGGGUGCUAAGCGCUAGAGUACAUGUCGUAGCUCAAACUGCUAGCUCGGGGAGGUCGAAGCUGGACCUAAUCCCUAUCAUGUGCGGGGAUAUAGCAACGGAAGCUGUGUUGGACACAGGUAGUGAGAUAACGGUAGUCCGUAAAAGUAUGUUGCCCAUCGAUUUACAGGAGCCAUCACGAACAGUAAGACUUGAGUCGGCAUUCGGAAACACCAUUCGAGCUAAGCUAGCUACGCUGCCCGUAGGCAUGCAUCGCCCGGGGGCUGUGAUACAACCGCAGAGGAUCGAUCUGGUGUGCGCGGUUACCGACGAACUUGCAAACGGGGUUGACUGCCUGCUGUCAAAGGAAGAUUGGGAACUACUACGGGCGCAGGAAAAAGAGGAGUUUGGAGAGGAAAAUAUUCCGCGGGUAGGGGUCCGAUCAGUCGAAAUGGUCGAUAACACUGAGCCGGACUGCGGUCUAAGUUUCGAAGAAACGACAGAGCAAAUGCCUAAGUUGCAAGAGAAUAGUUUCAUACAAGAUGUCACUGGGGUGCCCAGUCAGCGGGAGCUAGAACUAGCCGAGAGUGUAGCUGAGUUGACAGGCACCGAGUGCCAGAGCAAACAUGCUCUAGUUUACAAUAGGAGGGCACGGACUAAAGAAUUUAAUGUCGGGGACCAAGUACUCCUCUUUGACACAGGUUGGGCAACCAAGAUAGCUGCCAUAGAAGGUCUUGUGCCACCUCACACAAAGAAAGAGUUGCGAAGUCUGUUGGGGCUUUGUGGGCAUUAUAGGGACUAUGUCUCAAACUACGCCGACGUGGCGAGCCCGCUUACAGCUUUGACAAGAAACAGCGGAGGAAGCUUCAGUUCUGUAGCAUCAGCAGUCUCCAAAACAGGGCAUAGUGGAUUGCCUUGCUGGCUGUGUCGAACAAAGGUCUGCAUGAUUGACCUGCUCAAGAUGUGUGAGAAGUUGGGAACGAGUGAGAAGUAG